GAUUGUCCCUGUGACUGUGCAGAGAUUUUGAGCAGUAAAUCCAGCAUGUGUGUUGGUGGUCGUUGAUGGUGGGGGGUGAACAGCUGUAGGAGGGGCUUUGUCAGAUGAGGACGGCAUUAGGUUCGAAGAUGGCUCUCUUAGCGAAGCGUUUCCUGCUGGCUCUGCUUCUUCUGGGAGUGAACGUGUUUAUCAGCAUCCAUGCCCAAGAGGCAGGGGUAUCUGAGGCGUGGACCAGCAGGUCCUGCAAAUGUGACUGUGAAGGUGGUGAAACCCCGACUGAGUUUUCCACCAUCGGCUCUGGCUCCAUGGUGCGAGGAGUGGACUGCAUGCCCGAGUGUCCAUACCACAGGCCUCUGGGCUUUGAGGCUGGAUCAGUGAAUCCGGAACAGAUCACCUGCUCUAACCAGGACCAGUACACCGGCUGGUUCUCCUCAUGGCUCCCCAGCAGGGCCCGCCUCAACACUCAGGGUUUCGGGUGUGCCUGGCUGUCUAAGUUCCAGGACAGCAGUCAGUGGCUGCAGAUCGACCUGAUGGAGGUGAUGGUGGUCUCAGGGAUCCUCACCCAGGGCCGCUGUGACGCUGAUGAGUGGGUCACAAAAUACAGCGUUCAAUACCGAUCAGAUGAAAAACUCAACUGGAUCUAUUACAAAGACCAGACUGGAAACAACCGGGUGUUCUAUGGAAACUCUGACCGCUCCUCGUCUGUGCAGAACCUCCUUAGGCCGCCCAUCGUGGCGCGCUACAUCCGCAUCCUCCCGCUCGGAUGGCAUACACGCAUCGCUCUGCGUCUGGAGCUGCUGCUCUGCAUGAACAAAUGCAUGUGAACUUCUCCUCCCAGCGUCCCCCAGAGGCCUCGUCCCAAAUCGUAACCUAAAGCCCCAAUUCUAGAGUGUGUGAUCCAUAUCAUAUUGUCCACAGAUUGUCCUGCAGAAGAACCACAAGUUAAGCCGAAAGGUCCUGUAAAAACAUUCAAAAUACAAAGAAAACAGAGUUAAGAUAUUUGUUUGAUAUGCAGAAUGAGCCUUCAUUCAUCCUACUCUCCGUUGUCUGUGUCGGACCAGUCUCACACUGCAGCCUUUAAUUGGCUGAGUUCUCAGUAGAUUAGUCCAUUUGAAAUGAAAUGGCAUAAAUUCAAAGCAAUAAUUAGGUUUGAAGAGAGAGGGGCAGCGUUGCUAUGGAGGUUUGAUAUCCUGGUCUGAGACAAAAACGUGUCCUCCUGUGACCGGUCUGAUCAGUUCUGUCUGCUACACCUGAAAUUUUACUGCUAAACUGUGGAUGUAUGCUUCUGCACCUCCCAGAUGGUCUCUCCCUUUCAUUAAAAAAAAAAAAGAAAGAGGAAAAGCUGUUAAAUAUUUUUUUUCAAAUUGCCGACAAAGCCCAAGAAAAGACCAAAACCAAUAAUGUAUUGAUCCUACAAACCAGUUUGGAUUGUGAUCUGUAUUUGUGUAAAAUAUAUUUUUUUGUAAAAUUUCUGAAAACAAUUCAAAACACAUCAGUGAGCCGUACUGUUACACCAACGGU